AUGAAGCAGUAUCAGGUCUACAUCUUGGAGUUCAACAGGGGCGACCCGAACUAUGCAGAACUCUUUGUCGACGUGUUCCCUGGCGAAUUUGGCCAUGUGUGUAAAGUCGAAGGCAACCUUGCCCAGGGUCUGACUUGCCAGCCAAUUGGUGGUUACGUGCCCGAAGACGAUCCAAGUUUUGCCAGAAAAAUAUACGUCGGAACAGUGACGCAGGCCGACUACCCUCGACUCGAGGAGGUCUGCGUCCGUAUUCCCCCGCCCGAGAUCCAGUUCAAACAGUAUAAGAGGAUCAGCCCCGACACACCACUGAGGACUGUGAGAGUGUGGGUCAAUGAGGUGGUCGACGAACUUCGUGCCCAACAAAUCAUCUAG